AUGAAGUUGUGUUUUGUACCAGUUUAUGAGUAUGUGUCUGUUUUUGCAAGUGAACUCUCUAUUGUUAUGAUUGGUGAGGAAAAAGAAGAAGUAGAGGGAAUAUCAGUAGGUGCUAUACUCUCUGACUAUCAGCAUGUUCGAGUAGAAAAUGUGUGUAAAAGGCUUAAUCUCCAGCCUUUAGCUUACCUUUGGCAAAGAAACCAGGAAGAUUUGCUCCGAGAGAUGAUAUCAUCUAACGUUCAAGCAAUCAUCAUCAAAGUAGCAGCUCUAGGUUUAGAUCCAGAUAAGCAUCUUGGAAAAACCCUGGACCAAAUGGAGCCUUAUCUCUUAGAGCUUUCUAAGAAGUACGGAGCCCAUGUUUGUGGAGAAGGUGGAGAGUAUGAAACGUUCACUUUGGACUGCCCUCUAUUUAAGAAGAAAAUAAUUGUGGAUUCAUCAGAAGUAAUCACACAUUCAGCUGAUGCAUUUGCACCUGUGGCUUACCUACGCUUUUUAGAAUUGCACUUGGAGGACAAGCAUUUGACAUCCUCAGACAGGCUGUUUAUGGGUAACUGCUCAUGUGAGGUGAACUGUAAUGAGGAUAACAUCCUUGCUCUCAAAGAGGAAGAAGACCAAAAUGAAACUCCACCUCUCAUCUGGAAAUCAUUGACUCCCCUUCUACAAAAUAGUCAAAAAUCAAUGAGCUCAGGCAAAUCUCCAAGUGGUUACCAGUGGAUUAACGGCAUCAUAGCCACCUUUCUCUCAUUCAGUGAAGAAAGUGUUAUAAUUGCAGCAGCUCAAGCCUUUUCUUCUCUACAAGCUACUAUUAAAUCUAAGAGAUUGGAAUUGAAAGAUAUUAUUUUGGUCCGUCUCUAUCUGAAAAACAUGAAAGAUUUCUCAUCUAUUAACUCAGCAUAUGUGACCACCUUCAAGCAUUGCCUGCCUGCAAGAGUAUGUGUAGAAACUAUGUUGCCAGAAGAAGUACUUUUCUCAAUAGAUUGCCUUAUCCACCAGAGUGACAUAAAGAUUGAUGAUGGUCUCUUUCACCCUGAAGAGAUUCUGCAUGUUCAGAAUAUUUCUCACUGGGCACCUGCUAGCAUUGGACCAUAUAGUCAGUCUAUCAAGGUUAGAGAAGUCAUGUACCCUGCUGGGCAAACUGCACUAGUACCUAGCACAAUGAAACUUGUGAGUGGCAGAAUACAAACAGAAGCUCCCAUGUCCUUGAGCCACACCCUGAAAAUUCUGAAAGCUCUGCAUAGAGGCACUGGACUUCCCCACAUUCUCAUGGCUCACUGUAACGUAACGAGCAGCAAGUUCAUUGCGACUGCUCUGGAUACCUGGCAGAAGAACUUAAGGACACAAAAAGAGGUACCUAGAGUACCUAUUUUAUUUCUAGUCUACAGAAGAGCAAUUUAUGAAGAGGUUUCCUCCAGGCAAUAUCAAGCCUUUCUCAGUGUAUUUCAUAAGGGUUUGAACUAA